AUGGGCAGCUCAGUCCAAUAUGGACAUGCUCACUUGUUAAUUCUACUACUUUCACAAACUCCAGGAACGGUCUGGACACAGCAGAUUCUGUCCUUGAUCUAUGCAGCAGAUGAUCCCGGUGCAGCUGAAUACCAAACAACUUUCGAACGAGCCCCUUGGCUGGAAUUCCAAAGGAAGGGGCAGGAUUACAAUGCAAGACCCUCCCCUCGCCUCUUUGCAUCUCACCUGCCCUAUUAUCUGGUGCCGAAGGCCUUGAGAAACAAAAAAGCAAAAGUGAUUUAUAUUGCAAGAAACCCGAAAGAUGUCAUGGUGUCGUACUUUCAUUUCGAAAAAAUCAUGGUGAAGAUGGAAAAGACAAAAGAUUUCAGUAGCUUCAUGGAUAAAUAUCUAAAUGGAAACGUGAUGGGCAGCUCUUGGUUUGACCACGUCAGGGGCUGGUACAGUCAUAGGGACCAGUUUGAGAUUCUCUUCAUGACCUAUGAGGAAAUGAUCAAGGAUCUCCGGGGUGCUGUGUUGAAGAUCUGUACCUUCCUUGGAAAGCGUCUGGAGGACUCAGCCGUUGACGAGAUUGUGAAACAAGCCACCUUCAAGAACAUGAAGAACGACCCCAAAGCGAACUACGAGUUCCUGCCCGAGGAUGUGAUGUACAAGGAGCAGGGCAGAUUCCUACGGAAAGGUACUAUCGGAGACUGGAAGAACACUUUCACGGUGGCCCAAAGUGAGUUCUUUGACAAGGUGUUCCAGCAGAAAAUGAAGGACCUUCCACUGAAGUUCGUCUGGGAUAUUAAUGAAGAGGCGAGCUGAGUGAGGGGUUACAUUCUCAAAGAGUGUACUGCCAGUAUGGAACAGACCUACACUGAAAAUGUUUAAAAAAUACAUGAUUCUGUGCUUUUAAAUGAGUUCCCCUCAGUAGAGGAGCAUGGAGUGCUAACA